UCUCCCCCCCGAGCACCCACUUCCGAUCCCCUCUCUCUCUCUCUCUCUCCUGAGCUCAACUCUAGAUCUCCCCCUCUCUCUUUCCCGAGCUCUCAUUCUCUCCCAAGCCGAUCAAAGCUCUCAUUCUCUCCCAAACCCGAUCUCCAUCUAUCCCAAAACCCAACAAUCCCUAUCUCUCUCCCCCAAACCCAACUCACCUCUUCCUCCCUCAAAUCUGACGCCGACGCCGUCGAUUCUCUGCGAGGCCGAGGAGAUCUGAGAUUUAAUCAAGGUAUAUACACGAUGCUUCCCGGACCGGAUAAUGAUGAAGUCCUUUAUGAUCAGUCACGCCACCGUUCGGAGAGCAUAUCAUUGACAUCGAGAGGACAAGAGCUGGUUAUGAUUGAUCAUAGCCUUGGACAUACGUGCUGGCCACUUGAUGAUCCUCGCAUCAUUGCCCUAGUAUCCCAAGCCGGUUUUCUUACUUGCUCAAAAUUGAAAUGGAUGAAGCUCGAUUGGGCACUGCUUAACGCGUUGAUGGAUAGAUGGAGGCCGGAGACUAAUACUUUCCAUCUACGUGUCGGCGAGACAACUAUUACUCUCCAGGAUGUAGCAGUGAUCCUAGGUCUCCGCAUUGAUGGCCCUUGUAUCACGGGGACUGAUAGGCAUGUUUGGCGAGAUGUAUGUGAUAAUUUGUUAGGAAUAUCUCCGGAGUCCUUGCCUGGAGGGUAUAUUAGAUUGAAGUGGCUUAAGGAGAGUUUUGGAAACCCGUUGCCACAAGAUGCACCUGAAGUGAUGAUCCAACAGCAUGCGAGAGCAUAUAUUAUGCACAUGAUCGGGACACUUCUUUUUCCCGAUUCAAGUAAACAUAAAGUCCAUUUGAGGUGGUUACCACUUAUCGAAGACUUCGACAUGUGCGGGACAUUAUCCUGGGGUAGUGCUGUUUUAGCAUACCUAUAUCGAGAAAUGUCAAAGGUUGCUUUAAUGCAGAAUAAGGAGCUCAAGGGUUGUUUAACUUUGCUACAAGUUUGGGCAUGGGAAAGAUUGGUUUUGAAACCACGAUUAUGCGAGAUCCGAGAGUUAGAUGGACAUAUUCCACUAGGCUGCAGAUGGAAUGUCACAAAAGCUUAUGAUGAGACCCCGGCUAGGCAAUUAGACUUUUACAGAGGGGAGCUCGACCGGAUGAAAAUUUUUCAGUUCGAGUGGCAGCCAUACACCCCUCACCUACCUCGUCUACCGCUGAUUUGUAUGGAGGGCCACGGCAUAUGGAGGGCCAGAGUUCCUCUCGUUUGUUUCGAGAUUGUGGAGAUGCACGUACCCGAUCGCGUGUUUAGACAGUUUGGACUCGCGCAACAUGCUCCACAAUAUGUCGAAAAAAUAGAGAGAAAGGCGACUAAAGGUGGACAUCAGAUUGACUGGAGGCGCACGCAUCAAUCAUACAUAGCUCGGUGGAAUGAUCGGCAUCAACUUAUUGUCGAUCCGCUUUAUCCUCCGAUGGAAGAAGUUGAUUACAUUAAAUGGUAUUGGGGGAUUACCAGACGUUGGAUAAUCACUCAAACUACGCCUCCAGUCGACGAAAUCGAGAUUCGCUCCCAACAAUCCCGAUAUGUACCAAGAGGGGUAGAUGAGCGACGAUGGAUAGAUGCUAUGGAUGACGUCGAGGGGCUUGCAAAUGAGGGCAUAGUUACCGCCACAGGAGAUUCAGUACAUGUAUCGAUAUUGCAUCGGAUAGUGGCGAGAGUUCGUAAAGCUUUUCAACAAACUUAUGAGGAUCGACAUGAUGGUCGUGAGCAGGUGGAUCUUGACGAUACUCUAUAUGUACGCCGACGUAGGCGCGGUAGACCUUGCACGCACGACGAUGAAGCCGGUCCGUCACAGCAAGCCGGUCCAUCACAGCCCCACACACAACCGGAGAGCGAGCAUAUUCAAGCUCAAGUCGAAGGAGGACGCCGACGAUCUCAACGAGUGCGAAGAGAGAGACGACGGGGAAGGGGUGGAUUUUUUAUUUGUUAGUUUUUCCACUAAGAUAUAUAUUGUCGUAUGGAUUUAUUGACCUUGGAUUUGUUUAUCUUAAACUACAUAUUAUCGUAUGGGUCGACUUGAGACAUUUGGAUUUGUUUAGCUUAGACUGAUAUAUAUUAUCGUAUGGAUUUGUGAUGUGUAUUUUUGUCGGA